AUGACAACGACCGCUAGUUAUUCGGACACACGAGAAGAUUUUCGUUGUGGUUUAUGUCGACAAAAAGGUGCUUUUCAUUGUGAACAUGAUACACCAUAUCGUGAUAUUUAUUUGGGUACAUAUGAUCCAAAGGCAUUAAGAGAUAUUGUUAUCAAGACAGAAAAGCCUAAGAAUGAAACUAGAAUGCAUCAUAAUUUAACAAGUAAUGGUACACAUUCAAAUACCGGUGAUCAAUAUCAACAAAGUAGACAAUUAAAGAAUACAAUACCAGCUAAUAGAAGUCCUACAAAAAAAAUAGAACAAAAUCAAAAAUCAAAAUCAUGUACAAUUCUAUAA